UCAAGUGGAGGGAUGUGGAUAGAGGUCUGCCAGGAGCUCAGCUCUUUUAUACCUGUCCCAGGGUGCCUGGGGCAUCAGGAAAGGGAGUGGUGGCAAAAACUUCAGGUAAUUAGGAAUUCAAGCUGACAAGCUUCAUGAUAAAUAUAGUGAUAGGAGACAAUUAUAGGCCUCCUCUGGGGGACACUGGUGUGCAAAUGUGUCCUGGAGUGGAGGGAGGUGAUGGGAGGGACAGAGCGUGGCACAUCAUCACAUGAAAGACAAGGCAACUUAAGCCCCAAUAAACCCUGAUUUGCCCCUAAUCUCUCCCUUUGCUUACACAGAACAAUCCUGGGCAUCCUGUGGGACAUUGCAGUGCCCAGGGACAGCACCCUGAGCCCCAGCCCAGCCCUGCACGUGAGCCCUCAGUGCCCAGCCAGCCUGUGCCCACGGGACCAUGGGCACGUGCAGCCUGGCUCUCUGAGGCUGCUCAGCCCACAUCUCCUGGCACAGCCCUCCAUGCUGAGCAAUCCAAGCCCCUCACAGAGGCUCGGGCUGGACCCUGCCCACAGCCAGGAGCUGAGGAGCUCACAGUCCCCUGGGCCUCUUGCUGCCCCUCUGCUCCUCCACUUGUGUCCCCUCUCCCGCAGCUCUCCCGAGCUCUGUCCCACUGCUCCCACAGCCCCUCUGUGCCUGGGGCUUUGCCACACGUGGGACCCAUCUCCUCUGCUCUUUGCAUGGCCAGCAAGAGAAACAUGGACCUAAAAUCCCAGUGUCUCCAGAACCUUAGAGGAGGGAAUUCACCGAGAUGUUGGGGACCCCAAGACCAUGAGAUGAGCAGCUUGUGCUGGCAGUGGGAGCUGAUGGGUCUUUGGGAGUCACCCCGAGCUUGGAAUGGCUUCUCCUUUGCCCAACCUGCUGGUGCCUCUGUUUACCAGCCCGUAAAAGGGAGGUAAUGACAGGCGUGAUGGCUGGGACAGGAUUUCAGAUGCUUCUGAGAGAUGCCUGGAAUUCUUCUCUGUAAGCAAAAUGUAGGAUUAGUGACAGAUUGGGGUUUAUUGGUGUUGCUGGUUCAGCUGUAGCACCUUGUCUUUCAUGUAAUGAUGUGCCACAGUCUGUCCCUCCCAUCACCUCCUUCUGCUCCAGGGCACGUUUGCACAUCAGUGCCCCAGUGAGGGGGGUGACAUGUAAUUCUCUUGCAUCACUAUCUUUCUGAUGAAACUUUGCUUGAAUUCCUAAUUACCUGGAGUUUGGGCCCCCACCCCCUUUCCUGUUCCCGUGGGCACCCUGGGACAGGUAUAAAAGAGCUGAGCUCCUUGCAGACCUCUAUCCACAUCCCUCCACUUGACUCUCCUCAGCAACCAGAACUCCUUGUCUGUGUGACCAUGUCCUGUGGCAGCCUGUGUGUCCCCUCCUGUGGGGUGGCCACCCCGGCCCCUCUGGCUGACACGUGCAACGAGCCCUGCGUGCGGCAGUGCCCCGACUCCACGGUGGUGAUCCAGCCCCCGGCCUCAGUGGUCACCUUCCCCGGGCCCAUCCUCAGCUCCUUCCCCCAGCAGAGCGUGGUUGGCUCAGCAGGAGCCCCCGGCGUUGGAGGGGGCUACGGGGGCACUUUUGGAGGCCGUGGGGGCUACGGGGGCUACGGGGGCUAUGGGGGUUAUGGGGGUUAUGGUUAUGGGGGCUGGGGCUAUGGAGGCCUUGGGGGCUAUGGGGGUUGGGGCUAUGGAGGCCUUGGGGGCUAUGGGGGUUAUGGCUAUGGAGGCCUUGGGGGCUAUGGGGGCUGUGGCUAUGGGGGUUAUGGCUAUGGAGGCCUUGGGGGCUGGGGAGGCUAUGGGGGCUAUGGCAGCUGUGGGUACGGGGGCUGGCGCCGUGGCCACAGGUACCUGAAUGGCAACUGCGGGCCCUGCUGAGCCCCAGCCCGAGCCCGGCCACAGAGCCAGGAGAGCUCCAGAAGAGCCACUGGCACAUCCCGACACGACCCUCUGUGGAGAAACAGCCCUUCAGCAUCACUGGCUCCAGAGCCUGGACACCUCGUGCCUGCCUGGGAACCAGCUCUGCCUUCCUGCUGCCCCCCCUGAGCCCCCCAGAGCCCCCUGGCCCUGCUGACAGACACUCGCUCUGGCUCCUGCUCCUGUGCCCAGAUGGGGCUCCUCGGAGCUCUGCAGCUGCCAGGAGACAGGGCUGCCCUUGGCCAGGGCCCUGCUCUUGUCCCAGCUCCCUCCUCCCCUCCAACUGCAAUAAAAGCUGUCUUGCAUUGCAAUGUU